CUCGUGUAUGAGUCUGACAGUGUGAUGAAGCGCAUGCGCAGCGAGCGGAAAAGCAGUUGCCAGGAUCCGCAGUGAGUCUGAGUUAAAAUGAGCUCCAUCGGGACCGGGUAUGACCUGUCGGCCUCCACCUUCUCUCCAGAUGGGCGUGUGUUCCAGGUGGAGUACGCCAUGAAGGCCGUAGAGAACAGCAGCACGGCCAUUGCUAUCCGCUGUAAGGACGGUGUUGUGUUCGGCGUGGAGAAGCUCGUUCUGUCCAAACUCUACGAGCAGGGCUCCAACAAACGCAUCUUCAACAUCGACAGACACGUCGGCAUGGCGGUAGCCGGGCUGUUGGCCGAUGCUCGCUCGCUCUCCGAGGUGGCGAGAGAAGAGGCGUCGAGCUUCAGGUCCAACUACGGGCACGACAUCCCGCUGAAGCACCUGUCAGACCGAGUAGCCAUGUAUGUACACGCCUACACCCUGUACAGCGCUGUGAGGCCGUUUGGCUGCAGGAAAAACACUAAACAAGCCGCCAAGACUGAGAUAGAGAAACUGCAGAUGAAGGAGAUGACGUGCAGGGAGAUCGUCAAGGAGGUUGCAAAAAUAAUCUACAUCGUCCACGACGAGGUGAAGGACAAAGCCUUCGAGUUGGAGCUCAGCUGGGUCGGAGAAGUGACGAAUGGACGGCACGAACUCGUACCCAAAGACGUCAGGGAGGAAGCUGAGAAAUACGCCAAGGACUCUCUGGAAGAGGAGGAUGACUCUGAUGAAGACAACAUGUAGACUCCUCUCUGCUGACGGCUCUCACACUUCAGAUUCUUUUCUAUGUUUUAUAGUUGAUGAAUGUUCACACUGGUUGGUUUUGAUUUUUGGUUUGAUGAAUUUCAGCUUUGAAAAUAAAAAAAAGUUGAAAACAAA